GGCUUCAAUGUGUUGGUCGCAGACUUCCCGCGAGCGAAGAUGCCCGUGUUCGUCAACAACGACUGUGCACCUAUCAAGUUCCCCUACACGAUACGCGGACGUAGACAUCAUACCGCUCAGCCUGAUGUGCUCGCGUUGUCCCCGGGUCAGACGUCAAUCAGGACGCACGCCGACCCCUGGAGGAACGUUGCCUUUGUCAUCGAGACCAAGCUGAAGGAGGAUGAAGAUCCAAUGUCAGCAUACUCGGCUGCGCAUGAAGAAACUCUGAACCAAUUAUCAAAGAGUGCGCGCAGCCUUCUGGUCUCGCAGAGCCGCUUGUUCGUCUUUGCGAUCGGUGUCUACGGCACACUUUCCUGGAUCUUCCGUUUCGACCAUAGCGGCGCUGUUUGCUCGCGUGCAUUCAGGUACACAAACAUUCAAGGCCGCCGCUUGCUCCUCGAUUUCUUCCACAUCAGUAGAAGUCCAAUUUUGCUAACCGUUGCUAACCGUUGCUGA